GAGACGCAUUCUCCCCGAGUACACACAAGCAGCGGCCACAUCCACUGUAGACAAAUCCGUGUUCAGUGACGUGUUUUCUAUUAGCCUUUUUUUUUUUUUAAAUGCACGUUCAACCCUUUUCCAUCUCUGACAGAUUUCAAUUUACAGAGUAGUCCCUUUACGCGCUUCUUAUUUUCGUUCAUUCCCAUCAUCUCUUUGUAUUUAUUUAUUUAUUUUUUUGCCUCGAUAGACCCGUUAUUUAGCCCAUCCACCGUCCACCCCUUCUCUUCUUAUUCCCUCCAUCUCCUUCUCUUUGGGAGUGCGACGCGCUGCUGAUUCUCUGAAAUAAGAAGCCUGCAGAGCAGUGACCAUGGGUUCUCUAGUCCAAGCUUUCUGCUAACAGAGGACGGAGAGUGGCCACAGCUUCCACCAACACAGCCUCCUAGUGAGAACUAAAGAAGAAGAAGAAGAAAAAGAUAGAGCCAAAGAAUUGGAGGACGAGUGCAAAAAGGAGAGAGGGGAGCGGGUGAAAACAGUCGAUGGAUGCUGUCCGGAUUGAGGGGACAGCAAUUUCUUCACUGACGAGGAAAAGAAAGAUUUCAAAAUUGAGUCGAAGGAUAGAAACUCACCAUCAGGCAUGGUGUGUGAGAAGGGGAUCCAGAUCCUUCUCACCACCGUGGGGGCAUUUGCUGCCUUCGGCCUGAUGACGGUGGCAAUAGGGACGGACUACUGGCUGUACUCCCGUGCCCUCAUCUGCAACAGUACAGCCAACAUCACCCAGGAUGACCCCCACAACAAGGACAAGAAGGAUCCAGGGGCGCUUACCCACUCUGGACUGUGGAGAAUAUGCUGCCUGGAAGGAGUGAAGAGGGGAGUGUGUUCUCAAAUCAACCACUUCCCAGAGGAUGCAGACUUCGAUCAUGAUGGGGCAGAGUACGUCCUACGGGUAGUCCGGGCUUCCAACAUCUUCCCCAUCCUCAGUGCCAUCCUGCUGCUGAUGGGAGGUGUAUGCAUUGCUGCUAGUCGUUUCUAUAAGAGCAAAAGGAACAUCAUCCUCGGGGCUGGAAUCCUGUUUGUGGCUGCAGGUCUCAGUAAUAUAAUUGGUGUGAUCGUGUACAUCUCUGCUGCACUGGGGGACAUCUCCCCUAAGAAGGAUGAGGAUAAGAAGUGGCAAUACUCCUAUGGUUGGUCCUUUUACUUUGGGGGUCUGUCCUUCAUCAUGGCUGAGAUGGUGGGGGUCCUGGCUGUCAACAUCUACAUAGAGAAGAACAAAGAGCUACGCUGCCGCUCACGCACCGACAUUUUCAAGAGCACCACACACGCCAUGCUCCGCCUACCCAGCUACCGCUUCCGCCGCCGAUCCCGCUCUUCCUCCCGCUCCACUGACCCCUCCCGCUCCCGAGACCCUUCACCUGUAGGGGGAGGCGGGGGCAAGAAUUUUGGCCUGCCCCCCUCUGCGCUGCUCUCCCAGGGUCCCAUCUCAGUGUCCACGUUGCCUAACCCCCACUCUCGUUCCCACACAGCGCUGGCUGGAGGUGACAUCUCCCUCUACACGUUGUCCCGUGACCCCAAGCUGGGGGGUUUGCCACCCAUGUACGGAACAGUGGACAGGGCCACACUGUACCAGCUCCACAACUGCUUCCCAAAGGAUGGAGGUGGAGGAGGAGUGAUGAUGAGUGGUACACUGCCCUCACUUAAGUCCCACAAUCCUUCCAAUUCUUCCAACUCCAAUGCACCAAUGCCCAACUCGGUGGGUUCUGGCCCCCCACCCUUCACCUCAUCCACAGUAGACAGGGAACGAGGGAUGGGGACCCUGGACAGGCUGAAGGGAGACAGGGAGAGCAACUCUAAUACCCUCAAUAGGAAGACAACGCCUGUGUAGACAGAAAGAAAGGAUGGAAAGGAUGAUGAGAUGUAGUGAAAGAGGGAGAUAGAGAGGGGCUCUGUGUUUGUAGGAAAUGAUAAAGCAGACAGACAGACAGGUGAAAAUGCUGUAUCUCUCCCUCCAUGUUCACUGUUAUUUAGUCUACUCAAUCUCACUGAGAACAAAAAGAUGAUGAGUAAUAACAGAAUGAUAAUAACAACAACAAUGAACUUUCACAAUAAAACUAUUUUGAUAUUUUAAUGUGCUAGAAAUGAUUUAUUUUGUUAAUGAUCAAACGCAAUUAACCUUGGGCUAUUAUGAAAAUGUUCCAAAUAUUUUUUGUGCAAUAUUCUUGCUGAUUUAACCCAGAUCAUCAUUAAUGUAAAUUGUUGUUGUGAUUAUUCUUAGCGUUAUUACAGGCUAGCUGUAUUUGCAACAUUAUACUUUGGAAUGAAACUUUAAUUUAAUAUUUGUUUUUGUUUUUUUCCUUUUUUUUCAUGACUUUAACUGUGAAUUUCUUCCAUGCAGAGCCACUGGGACUGUCAGUGAGCUGUGUGUAACUGUGUCAAAAGUGUCAAGCAUGAGUGUGCACAUUACGUGGGUGAUUGAGAGCCUGUAUUAUUUUUUAACCUCCAUAUUACGUAAUUUUCAUCGAUAACAUGAAGUCAGAUGUGAAUACUGUAAAUUGUCUUCCAAUACUGAACCAGAAAGAAAUGCAACAAUAACGUGAGUGACUGAAACAACUGACCAACUUCAUUGUUAUUACAAGUCUGAGUUUUCUAUGAGCCUCUGUUAGUCUUAUUUCCAUUCUACUCAGUGUUAACAGUAGUACUUGUAGCUAUAGUCGUGUUGAAGAUGUUUGUUCUUGGGCAUUAACAGAAACCUCUGUCUGGAGGAAGCAGAAAAAAACACAGAAAAUACAUUUGUACAGAAUCAGGUAAUGAUUGCUGCCUGAGCAGAAAAACAAAAACCGAAUCAUUUUUCUAUGGAAAGUUCCCAAAGUGAGACAUGCAACUCAUCACUUUCAGUGGCAUUGGCAAAAAAUACAAUAUGUGUAUGUGGGUUGAGAGGGUUUAAAAACAUUAUAGAAAAAAUAAACUUUUCAAAAGAUACAUGUACAUUGUAAUUUACACAUACAUAUAUUUGUAAAGUCUAUAGAUACAUUUUUCGGGACCACUGUUCAAACUGGGUAUGCAUUUUGAGCAAGGCGGGUUUGGCUGAAGUGUUUUGUUCCUGUGUACGGGGGGCCGUCCCUGGACUCACGCCCACAUUCGGUCACAUAAUUAGUGUACCUCUUCUUUGUCACAUGACCAGAGUCGACUCCUUAACUUCUUCCCUAAGAUUCUUUUCACUGUGCUUCCCCACUUUGUGACCGCUGACUCCUGCGUCUGAACUCUGAGCUGUUUAUGUUUAUGUCGAUGAGAAUGUAAACACAUCGAAACACCCCCCACUGUCUCCUUUAAACUGUUCAGAGUGACUGCAGAUCCGGGCUGAACCAUGGACACCCUGCUACAUGAUAUAAUGAAGAAAACAAAACAACCAGACGCUUCCAGAUUCUAUACAUUUUCAUUUCUUUGAUUUCAUUUCAGAAAAAGAAUAAUGUGAUAAAACUGCACACAGAUAGCAUUUAUGUGGGCAAUAUGAAUAGUAUGUAGUUAAGAAUAGAUAUAUCUAGGCAAAUGACUAUGGUUUAUCUAAAUGUGUGAUAAACUUAAACACUGUAUUGCACGAAGUUUAUAAAAAAAAACAAUAGCAGACAUUCACAGA